AUGACAAGAAGACGAACACUUUUGCGUUCGAAAGCAAACCGAGCAGCAUAGUAAAUUUUGUGAAAAAAAAUAAAUAAAAACAAGAAAAUAACUAAAAAAAAAGAAAAACAAAAUUGUAUAAAUUUACCAACCUAAAUAAAUGCAGAGUCGCGUGAAAACAAUAAAAUAUGAAUCGAAAGGGAGCGAAAGAACAAAAUGAUAUUUCGAGAAUAAUUGGAAAUUUACCAAAAAGGUUACAGCAAAAAAUUGCCCAAGAAACUGGUGCUGCUGCUACUGACUACAACAAUGUUGGUGAAAUACCAUCAAAAGCAAAAAAUUUGCAAUCAGAUAAUGCUGCAGUCAAAGAAGAAAUUGUAUCGAGCCAAAAGAAUGCUGCAGGAAAUCAGUGUUCCGAUGUGGCGGAUAAUAUUGAUAUGUUUCUUAAAAUGACAACGCAAAGCAGCGAAACUGCAAGACCCAUUGACGACACUCCGAUUCCUGGAAUAUUGCGUAUUCAAAAGAAGGAUAAAUCUAAUCAACAACAGAAUCAACAGAAUUCAUUGACAAUUAAUUUGGCUAAAAGAGGCGAUUCUGUUAAUAGCAAUAAUUCGACCAAACAACAUCCCAGUUGGUUUGAAUUUGUCUUUACUAAGGAUUUGAGUUACGCAAAACCACUUCCACUUUUACAUGAUUUUGUGACUGACUUGUUAAAGCGAAAGGUUGUUGUUGAGAACUGGGAUUCCUUAAACGGCUUCCGCAAGCAACUCAAAGACAUAUUUCUACAAUUAUUGUUGAAUCAAUUGAAAUUUUGUUGCGAACAAAAUGUGGAAUCGUAUUUCUGGAAACUUCUCUACUACAACAUUAUUGAAUAUCUAAAAACACAUUCCGAUGAAAGUUGUAGUCAAACACAAAACGAGUUGAAAUCAAUUGAUAUUAUCAACGAUGGACUUCAAUAUUACACAAUGCUAUUAGAACAUCUUAGUCGCAAAUAUUUACGCACCACCAAUGGCAUCAACAAUGAUGAACCGACACACAAAUACCAAUUUAUUGGUAAAGUAUCGUCACAAAAGAUUCUGAUUUGUUUGGGAGAUUUAUACAGGUACAAAUCAAAGAUUCUCAACUCAAAUGACUAUACUGAUGCUUGUCAGUUUUAUCAACGGGCACAAAGUUUAAUUCCAUCGAAUGGAAUACCAUAUAAUCAAUUGGCAAUAUUGGCAAUUUAUUCUAGAAAAAAACUCGAUGCUAUAUAUUAUCACAUGAGAAGUUUAAUGUCUUCCAAUGCUAUUCAAUCAGCUAGAGAAAGUUUAAAGGUGCUUUUUGAUGAGAUUCGUAAGAAGUAUGAAGAAAACAACAAGUCACCACUUUUUGGAACUCCUGAAAGAAAAGUUGAUAAGGAACCUAAGUCUUUGCGCAAAGAGGUUUGGGUAUAUCCAGAUGGAGUCCGACGACUGCACAAGACUGAUUUCACAAAUAAAAACGUUGAAACUGAAGAGAAACGAUUGACCGAUUUGCCGGGAGAAGAAGUUUUGAAGAGAUUUACAUCAACUUAUUUGUACAUCAUUGGAAAACUCUUUUCAGGAAUUGGUUUCGAAAAUUUUCAAGAAAACGUGAAGAAAAUUAUGGUGCAAUUGAAAGUUAUUUUGAAUUGCUCUUCGUCUCUUUUCAUAACCCGUCAUAGACUGUUGAAAAUUGCUGCAUUAAAUAUUUUUGUCAUAACACACAACAAAUCAAAUGAUUCCAGAAGAGAAAUAUUCAACCACGCGUUCAAUGUUUCCAAUCAAGUCUUUGGUAUUAUUGUCAAAUCCGCUAAUAAAAGACUUCUUGAAUCCAAAGACAAAAUCGUCAAUUCCAACAGUGCCGAUGGUCUAGACGUCAAGGACUUAAACACACUCUUGCAAUUCAUAAAGGUUUGGUGUGACUGGCUCUCUGUAAAUACAGAUUUGUGGAAACCAUUUCACAACACCAGACAACAAGAACUAAAUCCCUGGCUUGAGUUAGAACAGCAUAUCCAUAUUUUACAACAAAUCCAAAGACCAGAAUCCAAUGAUACUAAAUCAAUUCAUCUUGAAGAAGAUAUUUUUCUCAAUGGUUUUGUUUCGCUUCCAUUAAAUGAUUAUCAAAUCUGUGAUAGUUACACCAGUGCCAAGGAGAACGAACAGUUUUUUGUUAGAAUCAAUAAAAUAUGUGCAUUUGGGAAGAUUUUCUUACAAUACGCUAGUAAUAUGGCCAACGCUGCUUUAGUUACAGAUAGUAAACUUAAGACUGGACACAUAGAGCUUGAUACAUUCGAAGAGUUUGAAGAAGGCGAUGAAAAUGAUAAUAGUGAAAAUAUUAUCCCAAUUGAUUUGCUUUCAAAACUUGACGUUUGCGAUAAGGACAUGGAAGAUAUAUUACAGUUAUCAAAAUUGAAAAAAGAACUGGAAGCCAAAACAAACAUAACAAAGAAAUAUAAUGAGAAAUUAGAGGAAAUUUUAAAAUUCGUUGAUACAAAGCUAUACAUUGAAGUUCGACCAAAGUACUUGCUUCCCGAUACAAAUUGUUUCAUAGACUAUCUGGAUGACUUUGAAGCUUUAAUCAAGAAUUUCAAAAAAUACAUUUUGGUCGUUCCAUUAACGGUGGUUAAAGAACUGGAUGGACUUUCCAAAGGAGUCAAAAUCGAAAUAUACGAAAAUUCUCAAGUCAAAAAGAGUCGUAUCCAUCAUUUCGAUGAUGUCUCAACUAGGGCUAAAAAGUCUCUAGAGUUCAUCAAGUCUGCCAAUAACAAUGUCAAGUGUGCUACAACCAAAGGUUCUAUUAUAAAUGCAUCACUAUUUGCACUUGUUGAAGAACAGCAAGCAUCAAACGAUGAUAAAAUCCUUGCAACUGCACUUGCUCUAUCAAAAUCAAUGAGUAAAGAGGCCAACAAAGACGGAAAAACAUUUAUCCAAACAGAGUUAGUCCUUAUCACAACAGAUCGUAAUUUGCGUGUUAAAGCACUCGCAAGAAAAUUGGCAGUAAGCGAAUUAAAGGAAUUCCUUCAAUGGGCUAAUGAUUGCAUCGAUCCGGAGUAGUAAAUGUUUGCUUUUCUUUUUAAAUCUCAAAUGUCUUCUAUUCUUAUAAUAAUAUAUAUGUGUCAUUGUAAUUACCUAACAUUUUUAAUUAGGUACGAUUAUAUUUUGCAAUAUUUCACGUAAUAAUAUAUGUUAACUUG